GAAGUGAGCUGGGCUUGAGCGUCAGGAGAUCAGAAAAAUAAAUUUCCCGUUUUUGUUUAAUUUUUUUUCGCAGAACGUAUAAGCUAGCUAUCUACAAUAAUUCUUGGAUCCAACAAGGUUAUAUUCAAAUGGAUUCAGGUUCCCGAAGAACUCAGACACCCGAGUUGAUGUCGUUGUUUCCCACUUCACCAUACAUAGAAUUUCCUGUUCUGAUAUUCAGGCUAUCGCAUAUCUUACCUCGUCCAAGCGUGAAUUUGAUUGUGAAGUAUUACAAGGAGUUCAAAGAAAAUAAGAUUACGCCACUGCAACUCAAAAACAACGUGAGGCAAUUAGCUGGAGACAAGUUGUUAACUGAUAUAAUCGAGGACUAUAAUACGAAGAAACUCGAGGCAGAUAUGUCCAGCUUCAGGUCCCGGUCACAAGCCACCAUGGUUCCGUGCAUUCAGAUUAAUUCUUGUGUUGUACUACUGAAACUCGAGGCAAAUAUGUCCAGCUUCAGGAUCGGAGAACGCAAUUGGGACGACAAUUUUACGGCUUCUCAACCGAAUUGUCGAUCCAUUGAUAAGCUGUGAAUGUUUUCGAUCGACUUCGUUAUCUGUGCUACGUUUAUGUUGAAUAAAUAAAUAUUGGUUUCCAUUACA